UCAAGCUCACACUUCUCACCAAGCUCAAGCACCACCAAGCUCGACUGCUCAGAAAGGAAGCACCGAUCGCUCUGCCGGUUGCCAUGGGCAUGGGCCUUGAGAUCCCGAGCUCCUCCCUCUCCUCUUCCAACGAGAACGCGCCGGGGCGGGCGUCGGCGGCCAAGCGCCCGGCGGGGCGCACCAAGUUCCGCGAGACAAGGCACCCGGUGUAUCGCGGCGUGCGGCGCCGGGGCAACGCGGAACGGUGGGUCUGCGAGGUGCGCGUCCCCGGCAAGCGCGGCGCGAGGCUCUGGCUCGGGACGUACGCCACGGCUGAGAUCGCAGCGCGCGCGAACGACGCCGCCAUGCUUGCCCUGGGCGGCCGCUCCGCCGCGCGCCUCAACUUCCCGGACUCCGCGUGGCUGCUCGCCGUGCCGUCCGCGCACUCCGAUCUCGCCGACGUCCGGCGCGCGGCGGUCGAGGCCGUCGCUGAUUUGCAGCGACGGGAGGCUGCCGGUGGGUCCAUCACCGCCACCGCCGCCGAGGAGGCCUCCUGUGGCGCUCCUGCAGAAUCGUCGUCUGAGUCUGACGAUGCCGGUUCGUCGGAGACGUCGAAACCUUCCGCCCAUGGAGACUUCGCGGUGCCGGGCGGAAUGGACAUCGAAAUGUUCAGUAGGCAUGACUUGUUCCCGGAAAUGGACUUGGGCUCGUACUACGCGAGCCUCGCGGAGGCGCUGCUCAUGGACCCGCCUCCGGUGGCGACCGGCACCGGCGCGUACUGGGAUAACGGAGAGUGCGGCGAGGCCGAGGGGGCAACUGAGUUCGCGCUCUGGAGCUAGUAGCCGAUUCUGCUUUGUUUUGACUCUGUAGUCUUUUGUUUUCCUUCGCAAAGUUUUCCUAUUUCCGGAGAAGACUCUGUAACUAACAAAUUGAUGCUGCUUGAA